UUCUUCUUCUUCUUCUCUAUCAAGAACCCUAAAACUCCAUUAAUCCCCAACCUUCACAUAACCAUAACUCUCUCUAAACUUAUCCGAUUCAAGUGAUUUUUGAGUCUAUUUUGGGUGAAAUUUCGCAAGGAACUCAGAUUUAGUCCUGAAUCUUGAAGAUUCCUUUGUUUUGGGUCGGAUUUGGGUCAAGGGGGUGCCGAAAUUUGGGUCUUUUUGGGGGUUUUUGUGUGAACUUCAAGGCUUUAGUGAUUCUCAUCUUCUACAACACCAAGGUAUGGCUUCUAGGAAAGGAAAGGGAGUUGCAAGUUCUUCCCAAGGGGAUGCGGUACAACAAAAAAGGAGGAGAUUGGCUCGGAUUGGUGACCCGGACUCGGAGGAGGAUGCACCGCCAAGGGGGCCAAAGCCGGAUUGGAUAGCCGGCUCAUUGUUAGACAAACCCGCGGAAUGGAGAGCGGAUUUAUUUCACGAACAAAUGAACAAGCUUAAACAAAGGGGAGAAGCUUUUAUUUGUGAAAAAGAAAUCCGGGAGGCUGAUUUUGCCCCUUUCGGGAUUAUAGCAAAGUUUAACGCGUUGGGUUGGGGGGCGGUCACAAAGUGUUAUGAUGGCGAGAAGAAGAAAAUGUAUGACACGCAGAUUCAAGAGUGGGUGGCAUCACUUGAAUGUCCCCCAUUCAAAGCUCCAAAUAAGAUGCGGUUGGUUGGAAAGUGUAAUGGUGUGAAGGUAGAGAUGUCAUAUGACUCUUUGCGCCGGGUAGCAAAGUUUGAUGAUGGGCCGGCCAAUGAGUACAUCUACCCAAGUCUUAAGGAUCUUUACCACGAGCCCGCUAAACAUCCACAAUGGCAAAACAUGCUUGAUUACCUCUUCCUUCCGGGCACAACACAUGGGAAAUUAUAUAGAAGAAAUUUAAGAAUGGAAGCGAAGUUGUUAUUGACGUUGUGCAUGUACAAUGUCAUGCCAAGGCGAGGUGACAAGAUGGAGGUACGGUUUCAAGAAGUGCCAAUCUUGUAUAUGAUGAUGCGUGGGUCACCUAAGGUUCCUUUCCGAUUUUUGGUUCUAAACAACAUUUGGUUGAGCAAGAAUAGUAGGGAAAAGAAGAUUAUACCUCAUUGCCGGUUGAUUACGGCAUUGCUCAAGAAGUACGGGGCAAUCAAAGGAGAUGAAAAAGGGUCCUACAAGAGGUUUAGACCAUUCGACCUUAAUAAUCUUGGGUCGGAUUGGACCUACACAGAAUCGGAAAGGUUUCAUAAAUUGAAGACGGAUGGUAGAAGGUGGAGAGCCUUAAAAGUGGAUGCGAGACCGUUGAGACCGGGAGAGGAAGAGGAACCCGAAUCAAUGGAUGAUGAAGUGAGUGGGGAUGAUGAUUAUCGUGAAGACACUUUCAUGGUAGAUGUUCAAGGAGGAGGUGUCGGUCAAGCGGGGGUUCAAGGAGCCGGCGUACAAUCUGGUUAUGUGGGUAGUGCAUUUGACUAUGCACAACAGGCUUAUGACCCGUAUUGGGCCCAUUCGGGGGAUAUGGGUCAAAUCAUUCAACAAAGGCGACCACCCACAUUCGGUAAUUGGAGUGAACAAAAUCAAGUGCUAUUUGAUCAACAAACAUUUACGGGUGCUAGUUUGGAGAGGGCUAUUAAAAGAAGUUACGAUAGAAAUGAGCAAUGGAACCGUGCUCAUAGAUAUGCCCGUGAAGAAGACACGAACAACCGUUACUUGGAUGAUCGUCAAAGACGCAUGCAUGACCAAUGGCAUGCGGGGCAGCCAGUUGUAGGAGAUCCACCCAUUGUGGACUACACCACAUUGCCACCAUAUGAUGGUAGUGUGUCAUACCCCACCCCGCCAUUGCACCAUUCUCAAUGGGUGGACCCGCAUGCCAUGAGUUAUCAACAAGCAAAUCCAAGCAGUGAUCAAGGAAGCAGUAGUAGCGGUGGAGCAUUUGGUUUUGGUGAGUGGACGGAUAUGAUGACGUCCAUCUUUGGGCCUCCACAGCCGAAGUAUUACUAGCCAGGUCGUAUUUCGCUCCUUUGUACAUUUUUGUAUAUAUGUCUAUGUGUUUAUGUUUAUGUUGCGGUUGGGAGGUUGGGUGGUGUUUGUGUUAAUAUGUUGAUGGGUUGUGAGAGUUGGUGGUGUUUCUAAAAAAAAAAUAAAAAAAAAAUAUUUGGGUUUGAGAAUAUAAGCAAUUGGGGAUGUUCUUGUUGAAAGCGAUCUUUCCCUCAAAACCAUACAUUGGGACAAUGUAUCCCAAGUGUGGGGAUGGGGGAAAUUUUUGAGAAAUUCAAAAAAAUUUUUUGCAAAUCCAAGCGAAAGUGUAAAAUUUUGAACACUUGAUAUUGUUCCAUUUGACACACCGACACCCAUCUCUAAUCCUUUUUUUUUGGUGAGAAUUGAGCCACACAUGAUUGUUAUUGAUAUUUCAUUGUUUGAGUGGCGGUGUGUGUUGUGUGUUAAUAGAACUUGUGUGUGAAUACUUGUUAAAUCUUAGAGUCAACAUGCUUUUGAAGAUGAUAGGGGACUUCUAGGAUGCCUCGUCUAGGUGAGUGCGAGUGUGGGAUUUGGGGGGUUGGACCUCAUAAAUUAUAUAUAUGAGCAUGGUUGCGAGAGGGGCGGGGGUUUGGACAUUUAGUUGCCCAUUUUGUGCCUAAAAGCCGAUCAUUUGUUACCCCCUAGCUAGUUUCCCAAAAAUUUACCCGACUUAACCCGGUCUUAUAGUGUUAGUAGUUGUUUUAGUAGCAUGUAGAUAUGUUAUAGUGUUAUGUUGAAUAUUUGAAAAAAAAAAUGAAAAAAACAAUGAAAAAGAAAAAAAAAAAAAAGAAGUGAUGAUUGAGUUGUCUUGUAUAUAAGUUUAAGUUGUUUGUUUGUUUACUUCGUUAUGUAAUAAAAGACCGGUUAAGUUUUUCGCUACCACAUAUAUAUUCCUUUUCCUACCCUUGCACCUAGCCCCGUUACAACCCGUAAGUUCCUUUGAUUCAAAAGCAUGUUAGAUAUUGGUUAGGAGGCAACUUGAUUUUCAUACAAGCUUAUUGUCGCACACACACACAUAUACGCAUUGAGUGGUUUAGCAUAACUUGCUAAUUUUUCUUGUCACCGAGAGUUUUGUGAGGGGUGUGUCUUGUGGUUUGAUAAAAAGCUAGUAAAAGGACGGCACUUUGGUUUGGUUUGCACGAUUGGUCGCUUAUGGUUAAAAAAAAUAGUUUUUGAAGUGGUUGCUUGGGACAAGCAACGGGUAAGUGUGGGGAUGUGACGGGUGGUCCGUAGGACAACCCUUAAAAGGCUUAAACAUAACGCACAUUCUACAUUUUAUCCGGUUAUUUGCGUGAAUUAGGUAAUCACAAGAUGAUGUUGAUGCAGGUGUUAAAGUGUACAAGAUGCGGGUUUUAGAGGGCUUGAAUGGAAACUAGAAGUUGGCUUGAUCAAGGCGUGUGGGAACCAAGUGAAAUGAAGGAAACGAGAGCAAAAAGUCACUCAGGGCCGUAACCUACGGCCUCUGCCGUAGGCUACGGUACCCAAAGAAUUGCCAAAAAUGUUCGCCGUAAGACAGGAGCUAGGCGGCGUAAAAGAUCACUGCUCACCGUAAGCUACGGCCACCUGCCGUAUCUUACGGUGCUGAUGGAAGGGUUUUUGUUCGCUGGGUGCCGUAAGCUACGGCAGGCGGCGUAGCUUACGGCGCCGACUGUUCCAAACUCGUAACGCAUGCAUUAAUGGUCGUUUUGAAGGCAUUUUAUGGUUACUAAUCAUUCUUGGUCGGUUACUACUUGAAGGAAACGAAUGGAAGGUGAUAUAAGGGGCACUUGGAAGCUAGGAAACACAUCUUUUGAAUAAUCUUUUCACUAGAAUCAUCUUGGAACAAUCUUUGCACUAACUUCUUGUCUUGUCUUUGUUGGUGGAACUUGUAAACAUUGUUUUACUUCUAGUUUGUCAUGAUGUUAGCUAAAGCCAUGAGUGGCUAGGUACUUUAAUGACUAUCUUGUGGUGAAGGUUUGUUUAGACUUUUGUGUUUUUA